AUGUCUCACUAUAAUCCUCUCUUUGACGAGAAUGACGAAACACGGCAAUAUGAUAAAAGCUCAACACUCAAACAACCUGUGAAAACAGUCACUGUUUCCUCCUCGACACGACGAGGACUCAUGAAAAGAACUCACACCAAAGUGCAGUCCACAAGUUCCAUGAUGAUGAUGCCCAUCACGAAUCCUCAUCAUGAAUCCUCUUCAUAUCAUCAUUCUCAUGUUUUAUCCUCUUCCUUACAACCUUCCUCCCCAUCAAGUCCUUCUUCUUUCAAUUCUCAUCAACAACAACUCUUGUCCUCAUCUGUUGCGACGACCACCACGGCCUCUUCAUCCGCCUCUUCUCACACGACGACGACGACGAUGAUGAAACGUCCACCCAUUCUUGUGACUCGACGAAAUACUUCCAAUGUCCAUUCGACGAGUAUGUCGGAAUCGACGCCAACCACUCCGAGUGGAGGAAGAGAAGGUGGAGUGGAUGGUCAUCAUUGGGUUGCAUCCUCAUCAUUGGGAACGAGUCCCUCACACCAACAUUUCUCAAUUUCGGUUCCGAAGUCGCGAACGACAACUCUCUCCUCUUCUUCUUCCUCUCCGAAUGUCCUAUCUCCUUCUUCAUCGAUGUGGAAUCAUCAUGACCACCACAACCAUCAUCGUCAUUCCAUAAUGAAAACCCAUUCAUUGAUGGACCAUUUGGACGAUGCGAAUGAUCGUUCUUCAGAAGAGUCCUAUUAUGAUCCUCGUAUUCAUUCUCCAAUAACCUCAUCGAGGAAAGAAAAGAAAAAUCAUCAUCAUUCCUAUCGUCAAGCAUCAUCAUCGGCGUUCACUCCGCAGCAGCAUCAUCACCAGGAUGGAGAGUUGUACGAAGGAGAUGUCUUAUUUAGGAAGAGCAGCAGCGAUGAUAAUGAAUCAUCUUCCAAUGAGGAUCGUCAUUAUAACGAGGAGGUAGAGGAGUACAAUUUCAAUAAUAAUAUCAACAACAACAAUAAUCACCAAAAACCAUCAUCAUCUGUCCAUCAUCAUCAACCGCUUCAACAAAAGAGUAAGACAUCAUUUAAGCAAUUAAGGCGCACAGAAACUGUUACUCCUGAAAUCAUUGGAGGAAAUGUUUCUCAUCAUCAUCGUCCUUAUGCCCCCUCAAAAUUUGGAGGGAGGACAGUUCCGAGAGGAACAGUCUCUAGCUUUGCAGCUUCCUCUAUCAUGCCCUAUUCAUCGGUUGGGUCCAUGCUCGAUGAUAGGGUUGAAGGGUUUGAAAGCGACCCGGAAUCAAUCUCGGACGAAGAUGAUGUCUUUCUAGAGUCUGCUGCCAUUCUCAACAACAACAACAGACAAAAUUCACCCAAUAUCUUGUCCUCUUCGCCUCGAGCUGGAGUGAAAGCCACGACAUCACUCUCUUCAAGUCCAACUCAGAAACAAUUAUCGAGUCAAGUACCUCCUCUCAAGCAACCAAACAUUAAUAGCAGUAGCAGUGCGGAGCUACUCACUUCACGAAAUCACACAAAAGGCAUGUAUUAUAGAAUGCUCACUGGAGCAGCUACAACACGAGAGAAAAACAGAAAACUUGUAUCAAAAAAGAAUAUAUUUGGAUUACCCAUGUCGUUUUCAAAACAGCCUGCUGUCAAAAGUACAAUAGAGUAUAAGAAUGAAGAAUACUUGAAAGAAAUGCUUGGAAAAAAUAAGAAGGAUGCAACCACACCUUCAUCCUCUUCAUCAAAACAAGGAGCAAAAACGAUAACAGAAGAAUCUUCUUCAAGUGAUACACUGGAAGAUAUGCAAGACAAAUUAGUAAUGUUCCACAAAAUUCAAUGUUCUGAAGGAGCUCUUUCUACAACACCUGGCAGAUCGUUUUUGGAUGUUCCAAAAAAACCUGUCAGUACGGACACAAAAAAAGAAGACUCUAAGAAAAAGACUGCACAUCAUCAUGAUUCAUCACCAGCAACACCUAGCCCAAGACAAAUCGAUUUUAACUCAAACAUUAAGAAAUAUUUCUACAAGGUGAAUGCAGGAACUUGUACUACUACUCCAUCUUCCGUUUCUUUGAAUACAGAGAAUAUUGAUAAGAAACAAUUUGAGGUGGUUUAUUGGACUACCUACAAGGAUUUAGCAGAAGAAGAAAAUAUUAUUGAUAAUUUCUUCGUUUCUAACUUUAGUGCUAUGGAUUUGUUGUACAAACUCUUUUACAACAAUUCGGCAAACCCCAAACGAAAAAAGAAGCUAAAGGUUUUGUACAAUGCACAAAUCAUAUCAGAACAAUUAGAACAAUUGAAGGAUAUUUACAAACAAGUUACCAAGUUACGAAUGUGUACACUUGUGAAACAAAGUGAUGACAGAUUACAAAAAAAUCAGAUAAUUCACCAAGAAAAACUUAAUGCCUCUAUCUCAGAAGAUGAUGGAAUAGAACUAGUUGUGAAUGAGAAAGGAGAAAUUGAUAUUUUCAGCAUGAAAAAUAUUAUCAAUAAUUUAGAUCUAGAAGUCGUAAAUGAAAUUAGCCACAUACCAAAAGACAAACAGAGAAAUAUUACAGUGAAUGCUGAGGUUGGACUGGGCACAGAAACACCAAAGUCAGAUUUUAUUACUUUGAAGGAUUUAGAAAGCGAGGAUCGUUUUGAUCUAUCAGCUAAAAUUACCAGCGACGCCAAAAUCGAGUUCUAUACUAUUCGUAACUGGUUGACAAAAAUUUUAGCAGCAACAAUUAACAGAAAAAAGAAGGUGGUGAAAGACAGUAUGACUGAAGAGUCAGUUAUUACAACAGAUCCCAACAACAAGACACCUCGCAUUGAUUCCAUGGCAACCUCCCCUGUGACAGCCACACUCUUAAACAUGGCUGUUGAAAAAAACGAUGCUACUACAACUAUCACAGAUGACAGCCAGAAUUUCAGCUCUGAUUAUGAUACCGAUCCAGAUAGUUUGCAUAGAUGGCAGAGGAAGAGCGUUAUUCGAAAAGGGCCACUUGAAAAUGACACUCCUAAAUUGGAAAUGCUGCCAACAGAAUUACUUGAUUACAUGACGUCUCUAUCUUGCUCAGCGUCGACUCUUUUUGACACACUGGAGGAAUGGGAAGUGCGUAUUCAUGCCUUAUUCGCCUUCUUAGAAACUCUCACUCUCCAGACACCACAUCAACUGAACUGUAUAUUAAUAUUUUUGGGUGAUCUUAUUCUCUAUAACCAAAGCUUAAUGAGUUCGGAAUUUAUUCGUGAAUGUCUGAUUCCUUACUUGAAUACAAUUCUGAAAAAAGCCAGAUAG